AUGCAAAUCGCUCAGCAUCAUCCAGUGCCAACACGGCAAGAACAACCAACAGCUAUCCAUUGGCCAACUGAACCUAUGUCUCCCAGAUCAACAACUAUGUCAAAUCGAAUCUAUCAACCUUUGAAUUUUUCCAUUGAUGAUCGCUUAUCUGAUCAACAUUUGACGCGUCUUGAUCUGUCAUCCAAAAAUUUACGAAAAAUUGACAAACUUCCAAACAAUAUUAAUUUCAACGUUGUCCUACUGGACCAUAACGAUAUAACGAAAGUCGAACAUUUAGAUGUUCUCACACAUCUGAUCCAAUUAUCAAUAUCUCAUAAUCGACUGAUUGAUAUACGUUUAAUUGGCCGUCUACGAACUCUGCAGAAAUUGAAUUUGUCGAAUAAUUCUAUUGAUUCGAUCGACGCGCUGAAAUCCCUGCCAAAUCUUGUUAUGCUUAAUAUCGCUAGUAAUAAUAUACACAGCAUAGGUGUAUUAAAUACUUGUCAUUCAUUACAAUCACUGGAUGCGAGUGAUAAUUCGAUUCAUCUCAUCGAAGACCUGUCGCAUCUGACUACACUCAAAUACUUAAAUUUACAUCAAAACUUUAUUGACACACUGGUGUCUGUCCCUCGACAUUGGCCAAAAUCCAUUCAUACACUUGUUAUUUCUGACAAUGAACUCAAAGAUCUAAGCGAAAUGUCUUAUCUAUCGCAAUUCAUCGAUCUGAAUGUAUUGUAUAUACAUGACAAUCCAUGUUUAUUUGUCACCAAUGAUCGAUACGGCUCUCAUCAACCAUUUGAUUAUCGUCCGUUUAUUCUCAAUUGGUGUUUAGGGGUUCAAAAUCUUGAUGGAACGUUUAUUACUAGAAAAGAAAGUUUGAAAGCAGAAUGGUUAUUGAGUCAAGGAAAAGGACGGUCAUUUCGACCCGGAGAUCAUUUGGAACUAGUUCAAUAUUUAAUCAAAGUUUGUGGAACUGAUGCCGAUGAAAGAGAUGAUCUACACCUGUCAAGGAUCAUGAUUCAACAGGAUUUAUAUCGGCAUAAUAACGAUAUCGAUGAAAUUUCUACGAAAACAUCGGAUACUCUGAAGGAUGCAAAUGAAACAUUAGCAAAAGAUCAACAAUCUAAGCUACAACAAAGUCUGCUUAUAUCGGAAUCUGAGUUUCGAAAAGUAAAUCCAUUAUCAUCAGUUUCAACGAUCAAUGAACCUAUUCAACAAAACGGUCAACGAAAAAUAUCAGCUUCCGAUGCUUCUAAUUCUGAUCAACAAAUGCGAACGCCGAGUCCAAAAUACGUUCGCUCGAUUAGCCAUCACGAUGAGCACAACAGCUCCCGUUACAGUGAUUACGACAAUCGACCAAUAAAACCACUCGAUCAAAAUAUGUUUCAGUCGAAAUUGAAUCAAUAUCCUAUUGACAAUCAUUCAGGUGAUGAAACCAGUAUAUCUCGAACACGAACGGCAACUAAUCCACAGCAACCAAAACGAGCGACAGGUCAAUUGGCAUACAAUGCUAAUAGAUAUUCACCAAGAACGACAAAUCGCGGACCAGUUCUGUCGACAGCAAUGCAAGUUCCUAUGCGUCCAAGUGCAAAUAAAAAUCUUUCCACACGUCAACGAGAUCGAUCUAAACGUCACACUAUUGCUUCUGAUACAUUCAAUUUGGCUGACCCACCACAGCGACGGCCAUCUGCGCUUCGAGCCCAGCAUGAACAACAGAUCAUUUCCAAUGACAACAAACAUCGCAAUAUUGACGACGACGACGAUGAUGAAGAUCAAAUGCAAUUAAAGUCUGCACCAAUCAAUCGAUUAUCAGCAACUCAACAUACGACAACAAUGCGUACGAAUACAACUGAAAUAACGAAACUAACAACAUCAAUCGAGUCAGUUCGAUCAUCGGUGCUUCAAGCAUAUCUCAAUCUUCACGAACGCUUCACGAAAACAACCGAGCUGCAAACAUCAGCAUUGGCAGCACUUUGGAAAACAUUUGAAACUCAAAACGGUACUCACCAACGUGAAACAGAAAAACUUCUCGAAGAAAACCGUGCACUCAGUCGGCGGUUACGUGAUUUAGAAUCUCGUUUAAAUAUCAAAUCGUGCAUUCUACAUCCUCCACUUCGCGCACAUAUAUCAAAGCGUGAUACGAGAAGUUUCUUUCUUCACUGGGUGCCGAAUCCCUUAAAUGAGCAACGUCCUAUUCUUGGCUAUCGAAUCUACAUUGACGAUGUUUUCAAAGGAUCCGUCGAUUCUGGCAAAUUCGAAACAGUUAUCGAUUGUAUUCGUGAUGAAGGAGAAUAUAAAAUCAAACUUCGUGCAUACAACGACAGUGGAGAGUCAGAAGAUUCGAAUGUAGUUAUCGCCAGAUUUCGUCGACAGCAACCAGUAACACCACGAUCCGAAUCAGAAAUGUCUAAUAUUCAAACACACCACCGUACUCAAUCAGAUCAUAUGAUAAAUGAAAUUCCAUCAGUGCCAAUUCGGCAGACGCACUCGCAAGAAAAUCUAAUUCGAGUGCCCAGUGAACGAAUGGCAUCGUCUCUUACAAAUUCCGAACAACAACAACAAGCGCAUGAUAUCCAAUCGAUGUUAUCUGGCGGAUUUCCUUUACCCAUGCAGCAGCAACGAACGGAUCAAAAAUCGAAUACGUCAAGUCCUUCAUAUUCUCAUCAUACAAGUUCUAAUGAAAAUGUACCUUCUCACCGGCUUCCAGUAUCUUCUACGUCAAGUCCAAGUCAGAGCGAAAUUAUCACGACGAAUGAGUCAGGCAGUAAAGCUCUAUCUUUCAAUGAUUCGUCAGCAACAAAGCGAAGUCCGAUACGAACAGGGAUAAUGUCUCGUCUUGUCAAAAGUCCUCACAAAAUUAAACGAAAUAACGUUCUCUUGAACGCUCUGCCAAUCAACCUAUCACCUAGUCCAAAAGAAACUUCCGAUACCGCAAAACUCGAAGUAAAAUCAGUUGAUCGAUCUACAACCUUUCAACCAGAAUCCAAUAGCAACACUGAUCACGGUCAUAUUCUACUUCAACAACUUCCUUUAAUAUCAAUCGAUACAUCCAAAUCAAUGACUAUUCCUUCUUCAACAUCAUCUCCUUUAAUUCCAUUCUAA